AUGGCCCUGCUAGUUGUUCUUGUCUGUCUCCAACUGCAACCCGUCAUGGCCAAGGAUGCCGAUUCCGCCGAGCAGCAGCGAAAAAAGAAGGCGGCUGCCAAGCGACGACGACAACGAAAAGACGCUCGCAUCGUCAAGAAAAUACUGCAUGCUGCCACCCGACAAGAUCACUAUGGAGUAUUGGGAUUGCGCAAUUGGGAAGUACAGAUUCCCGCUUAUACGGUGAAACUCUUGCGUCUCAACAAGUCCAUCACGACACCCGAGUGGAAACUCUUUCACAUUUCCUCCGAUCAAAUCAAACGCGCGUAUCGGAAUCGGGCCAUUGCAGUGCAUCCCGACAAGAAUAGUGACCCGCACGCCAGUGAAGCCUUUAUUGCCGUGGAAAAUGCAGCAUCGCUGCUCACCAACGAGUCACAGCGCAAAACAUAUGAUGAUGAGCGGCGAUUGGCACUUCAAGAACGACGACAACAUUACACACAACGAGGCACCGAAGCACUGCAAGUGGUCGUAGGGGCACUCCAAAAGGCGCUCUGGACGGCCAAGUCGAUUCUGGGACCCUUUGCCUUUCCAGUCUUGAUCCUGGGGGCGUUGAUCAUAUAG